ACGUAUUCAGUGCGUUUGGUCGUUUAAAUUAUAACAAAACAAAAAAAACAAAAAAAAAAACAAUACAUGGUAGCAGCGUGUAAAUUGUAAAUUGUCCAUCCCAAAUGCAACUUAAGAUGGCAAAUUCUAAUGCACAGUUGACAAGCAUACCCGAGCAGUCUAUCCUUGAGGUGUACUUUUUGGCACUUGGACAGUACAAUUAUGACCGAGCAAAAGAACAAGCGGAAAAGGAAAGAGAAGCAAUGAGAAGUGCAUCUGGUUCAGCUUCUUGGUUUUGGGUGAACACACUUGGCAUGCUAUCACGGCUUGCAGUAGCUGAAAAGAAUUAUGCAUCACUCACCUAUUUAAGUCCAAAGUGGUUUGGUAAAAAGGAGUCAAUGAAGUUGACGUAUUCCAGUCUUGUGACUGAUUUGGGCAGCAUGGAGCAGAGUGGGGCUGGCCAAACGGGGCAGGCUCAACAGACUGAAGUACUUCUGGCCCAUAUAUGUGAUCAGAUUCGUCAUUUCUGUGAAGCACGGACGGAAACAGUGGAGUUCUAUGACAAACUUUGCCCAAUGGGAAACCAGAGGACAGAUGUAGACUAUGGUGAACUUCUCAGCACAGUGGAUGGUCUCAUUGCAACACAUGGUCACCAUUUUCACCAUCCUCUGCUUAUCCCAAUCAAACAGCGUUUUACAUUAGAGCUAGAGGUUUUACAAGGGCUUCUAAAAGCCCAUCAGUUCAUGCUGGACUGGCAGUUCCUGCCAACCUUGCUACAGUUACACAAUGUUCAUAGUAAAUUGGAAAAUCUUGGGGCCAACAUUCGUUUCAAAGAGGGCAAGAAAUCGGGUGUUGUGAUUCCAUCAAAAGCUGUAGGGGUACCUCCACUCUACCAAUGGCUUGCCAGGUUCAAAGCAGCUCAAGUGUCAAAGUUUAGUUUAUAUUUCCAUGAUAGUCUUAGCAAGCAGGCAUUAUCUACGUCUGAAUUCAAGGGACAUCUAGCAAACCUUUUGGUUGAUCAUCGGGCUAAAAUAAUUGCAUUUUCCAAGAAGGCUGAUGCAUUGAAUGUAUCAGUGGUAUAUGAUACAAAUAAUGCCAUAGAAGUGUUCAAGGGCCAUGGGUACCACCAUCCAUAUAGCCAGCAUGAAGUGCCCACCGGCCUUGACAGCUACCCUGCAAUCUUCUCCUAUCCAGAGGAAAAGCCUAUUCGAUUAUGGCCGAUGGUUGUGAUGUUGCUAAACAGUAAAGCUGAUGAACUUACUGACUUGGACCGAGUCAUCUACUCAUUUGAUAAGACACAAUCAAUGACAUAUUUUAUUACAAGACUAGAGGGACGAUUUAGUUUGGUUGUUAUUUUCAACUCAAAGAAAUCUGAGAGAGAUUCCUAUAUUAAAUCUUUCAUGCAAGAAAUGAAUAUGCUACUCCGUGGUAGUAACAUAUUUGCUAGUUUACGCCUUGGACACAAAAAUUGAGGCAAGUAAAUAAAAUUAUAAACAGAUAGUCGCCUUAGCAACUGUUUCCAUGGUUAUGGUAAAGGUCAGCUUUGAUAAGCUGUAGUAUUACAGGAUGUGAUUGACUGACUGGAAUUAUUUGGGAUCAAGGUCAGGAAGUGCAUCAAGUAAACGCCUCCGAUGUCCUGGAUGAUAAAAAUGGAGUCUUCUUUAAAGAUAGAAGCUUGAAAGAGUUUAUUCACAGAUUACAUGCAACAGUUGAUGUGUUUAACCUACAUUUAGCUCAUCUCAGCAAGCAAGUUUAAUUAUAAUUCUGUAACCAUUGAUUUGGGGGAAAGGCAUUGCAAAAUUAUAUACAGUAUUGUGAAAAAGUUGGGUAGCAGCUGCUUACACACUGCUACAACAAAGCUUGGCAUAAAUAGGUGUGUAAUUCAAAUACCAUUUUGCUUGAAAAAGAACUAUGGGAUAUGACUUCACCAUUAUUUCAUAUUGGCCGACAUUUGUACUUUCUAUGCUGGUUAAAUAACAGGGUUGUUCAACAGGCUUUCACUUGAAUGGAAAUAUCACCCAUAAAUUUUAAAAGCCUCCUUGAUUUGCUGAUAUUGUAGACCUUGAUCAUGGGGUUGCCAAGUCUUGUGCGAUUCGUGGUAGUCUCUCAGAAAAUGACGUAGACUGCCACACACACGUAAGCAAGCAAAAACCUCCCACAAACUGGCCCACACAUCUAAUGUAGGCAUAAAUAAAUACUUACUAUUACUGUAUACUGUAUUAAAAAAUAUAAUUUUCUAGUUGAAUCUUCCAUAUUUUCAUUCUAAAUACGAUGUUUAAACUUAAACAGACUGAAUGAAAAUACAUAUAUGUAUAUAUAGAAUAACAAAUAAAAAAAGUGUAAACAAUUAUAAUUUUAUUUGAUGUUUGCUUAUUAUCUACAUACUGAAAAUAUAUGUAUAUAUAUUAACAAAUAAAAAGAAAUAUAAAUCAAUUAUAUUUUAUAUUGCAACAUUUGAUUAAAGUUGUGCUUUUUAAAAUAUAAAAUUAAGUUCAGUAUUUUUUGAGUUUUGAAUAUUAUAAGGUAAAGUAUUAUAUUUCAACUAAAAAUUUGAUUAAAAUAUUUUCCUUGCCAAUUUAGAGAUGUGUACAUUUUUAGCGCAUAAUACUAGGUUUCUAUGCACUUUCAACAAAUACCAAUGGAAAGAAAUUGAAAAAAAGAAACAAAUAAGAUGAGGAGAAAGAAAAAAGGAAUAUUAAAAAAGAAGUUAUUUGAAAGUUAA